AUGUAAUAAUCAAUAGCAUUUAAAGUUUUUAAGAAUUUCGAUAUUUUUGGGCAAAAUAUCCAAUUAAACUUCAAUGGGGAUGAUUCUUAUCAAACAGCAAUGGGAGGAAUUUUUUCGAUUACAAUAAUUGCUGUCAUUGCUUUCUUUUUCUAACAAAAUAUAAUAGAUUUCAUGAAUAAGAGUUAUGUGAAUUUGAAUGUCUAAACUUUAUUUGAUGCUAAUCCAGAUGACAUUGUUUUUAAUGAUGAUAAUUAUAUGUUUGCAUUAGCCAUCGAAUAAAGUAAAUUUAAUACUAAUCCUUACUUCAAUAUCACUUUGAGACAAAGAAUCUAUACAAGACUAAGCAAUGGAACCAUUAUUAAAAAAGAUUCAUUUAUAGAUUUGAUACCAUGUACAAUUGACAGAUUUCAAAACAUAUUUAAUAAUUAAAAUUUCACAGAUCAAUUUAUAUCUCUAGGAUUGUCAGAAUGGCUAUGUCCUCAAUACAAUUAUUCAAUUUAAUUAUCAGGAGGAUAUACAAGUGAAGUAUUUUAAUUUACUAAAAUAACUGUCUCUGAAUGUUCAAAUAAAAGUGAAAGUAAUCAAUUUCUAACAUGGAAACCAUAAUGUGCUACUUAAAUUGAAAGAGAUAAUCAUCUUAAUAAUGAUAGAUCAUUUAGAUUAAAAAUGUACUUCUUUAUUUCUCUAAUUUAGGUAUAUGACUAAUACUAUUAUUAAUCCAUUAUAACCAAAAAAUAUAUCAUAAGUUUUCUUAGAUGAUGAAUUAUUUUUUUCAUUUCUCUUACUCACUGGAACUGAAACUGAUGUAUUUUAUUAAAAGUAUAAUGUAACUACUAAUCAUAAUAUAUUCCCAUAUAUUGAAGAUAAUUAAGAACAAUUAUUUAAUAUCAAAUAAUAAGGAGAUUUUAGAGUCAGCAAUGUAUAAAACAGUGGUUCAUAAUAUUCUGCUAUUUAUAUGAGAAGAAGUCCAUAUACUUAUUAAGUUAAGAGAGAUUUUCAAGAUCUAGCUGAUUUACUCUCAUAUCUUGGUGGUUUUGCUAAUAUUGUAGUUAUGAUUUUUGGAUUUUUAGUUACAUUUUAUAAUAAAUCCUAAUGUAAAUUCUUAUAUAUAUAUUUAUAUAUAGUCAUGAUUGAAUUAGCAAAUUAAGUUUAUGAUUUCCCAAUUUAAAAUCCAAGUAACAUAGAUACUUAAUAAAGAAAGGAAAUUAAAAAAACUAUUGCUAGAGCUAAAAGUAGAACAAUUAUUUAAAAACCCAAUAAUCAACAUUCUUAAUUGUAAUCACCAAAAUAUAAUCAAAAUUAAUAAUUAAUCAUGAAUGAAACUACUAAAUAAGAUGAAUAGAAAAUAUUUUAAGAAGAAUAAGAAAAGAUUAUAUCCUAAUUAGGUAUAACUGAUAGAAGAAGUUAUCUAACUUAAUAAAUUGAAAAGAUUUUAAAUAGAAGUUGCCCUAUUUUCUUUAAUUGUAGAUAUAUUUUGUAUUAGAUGUUUUGUUAAAGAUUCUUCUAUGAUAGAAAUAGUAUUUUAUUAGAAAAAGCUAUGUAAAUAUUAAAUUAUAUUAAAUUUUAGCAAAAAUAUCAACUAAGACUUAGAUCUUUGUGUUAUUAUAGAUAAGGUCAAAGAAAUUAAUUUGUUGAAGGAAUUGUUGUUGACUGAAGAUUAACUAGUAUUAUUUGAUUUUGCUCCAAAAGAAGUUAUUAAUCUAGAAGCAGAAAAAAAGAUUACUACAAGAAAUUUAGCAAGGAAUACUCUAAGAAACUUUAAUUAGAAAUCAAAUUCUUUAAGUAGUAAGGAAGAAUAAAAUAAGUCUAAUCAAACAAUAAAUACUUAUUAUAAAUUAUUCAAGGUAAUUGUUAAUUUUAAUAUAGGCUUAUGAUCGUAUGCAUUAAUCAUUGUAAUAAAAUGAUAAAAUCAAUGAAAAAUUGAUUGGAAAGUUAGGAUAAGAAGUUAGGGAUAUUUUUGAGGUCUCUCAGUUUAUUUAAUGGGAGAAUAAUAAUAAAAAUAUGAAUAGUGAACCAUUAGAUGAUGAGUUUUAAUGUGAUUCUGUUAAUUCUGAUCCUCCUUGUAUUACUACUCUAGAUCAAUUCAAGGUUAAUCUGAAAUUAAAUAUUUGA